ACAAAAUGGCGUCCUUGGAUGUCAACAAAUAACAACACGACAGGCGCAUUUGGUUUUAUUCAGGGAUCGUAUGUAUCCGUUGAACAAUAAGUCCAGCUGAGAAGAGGCCAGUAUGUCUGAUAUAGAAGAUAUCUCCUUGGAGGCCGUGGCUCCAGUUGUUCCGGUAGUGGAGAUUGGGCGUAGCAGUGGAUACCGUUCACCACACGACCACUCAGACCAAGAUUAUGACUCUGAGUUUGAGUCAGACGAAGGAGAUAAUACUCACUCACCGCAGUCCACCUCCAGGCCAAGACGGAGGAUGAGAAAUAUUAAAACUGUAAACGGACGAAUUGCGGUGGACAUGACUCCACCUGAUGACAAACUGAGAGAUGCUCAGACCAGGGCCAAGAAAUAUUCCCGCUUGAAGAAGGAGGACAAAGCUAUCAAGGAGUACGUCACCUGCACAGCCCUGGCUCGUAUCGUGUACGGCAGCAACCACUGGAAGUUUGCAGCCAGUCACGCUGACCUAGCAGAAGCAUAUCUCGACUUGAAAGGCUAUGCCGUGCAGGCAGAGUUCCACUCUGACAGCGCCAAGGACAUCAUGCUGCACGGCGUCCACACCACCAGCUCCCACAAAGAGAAGGCCGACAUCUACCACGUCCUCAUCCGUGUCUACUACAUCUUGGGCAAGGCUCUCACCGUCACCAAGAAAUACAAUGAGGCGGAGCAGGCGCUGACGAAGGCAGACCGGAUCUCCCAGGAGAGGAGUAAGCUGGACUGUGUGACCGAUGACGAGUGUGAUGAGAUUGACAUCAAGCUGUACCAUGCCAUGGCCAGGUUGGCCAGUAAGCAGAAGAAGUAUGCUGUAGCCAGUGCCCACUAUGACAAGGUGUUGGAGCUGAUGGAGAUCCGGUACGGCAGGGACAGCCUCCUCCUCAUCCCCGUCUACCAUGACUACGGCAGACUGGAACAGAGUAAAGGUCGUCAUGGCAACCAUGAGAAGAUUAUCGAGCUCUUUCUACAAGCACAUUCCAUAGCUGGAGCCAACCACAAGACGGGGAGUGUUGAACUGGUGGACACAGCUCUAGCACUGGCCCAGGCCUACGCCAGCACCGGACGGGAAGAGGCAGAAGCCUCGGCGGAGAGUUAUCUGAAUGAGUGUCAGGCCAACUGUACGGCAGUCCAUGGGCCGCAUCACACCAAGACCCUGGAGGUGAACGAGGAGAUCGCCAGGCUGCUCAUCAGGACAGACAGACAAGAUGAAGCCAUGACAAUCCUCAAGUCCAGUAUCAACCCCAAGUCUGAAGUGUUUGGGGACUACUCAGAGCAGGUGUCAGACACCUACAAGAUGAUGGCGUCCGUCCACCUCUCUCAGGGAAACAUCGAGAAGGCGCUCCGAUCUUACAAGAAGUGUCACACAAUAGAAACACUAGUGCUGGGAAAGAAUCAUCACAAGACUAAAGACACAUUACGGACAAUGGAGAUGUUGAUGGCGAGUCCGGGAGUGUCGUCCAAGUUUGUUUUGAACAAGGAAGAUGAGCUGCAAAAACGUCCUCGAUUCACAAGCGUUGUCAGUCGAGCUACACCACUGGGUGCGAACAAGCAACAGUAGAUGUGCCCUGUCGCCAUGGCAGCUAACCUUCUGAAUUGUAACCAUGGUUACUGUGGCAUACAUCAUGUGGACUAGACGGAUCAUACCUCUCUAUCAAGGCUGUUAGUGGAUACAUGGGAAGGAACCCAGAUGAUUCAUUGUUGCCAUGGCAACAUAGCUGGAAGAUGGCCCCUGAAUAAGAAUAGAUAUUAGAACUGUUACCAUGGAAACAACCCUCAAUAGAUAUCUCUUUGCGUCUUUAAAGCACAAGCAGGUAUUUCUUGUCACGUUCAAUUCAGGAUAAGUAUACAAAUGCAAACAAUAUUUAGAUCUUGCUUUUAUUUUUCAAAUGUACUUUCAAAUGUCAUUGUAAGUCUGUGUUAAGCUAUGAAGUGAUGAUAAUGGUAGAGCUGUAGGCUUGAAUAUUUAUGUUAAAUAUUUUAAAUGUUAAUCAAUUCUUUUCCAAAUUAGUUGACAUAUAAGUCUCCUGUGAUGCUAUAUAUUAUAUCUUCUAUUUGUGUAUAUUUAUAUUAUUUAUUAUCAAGAUACCGUCCACUUUCCUAACUCGUUCCCAUGAUUUGUACAAUAGUACCAACAUCAGUAUAUUCAGACUUGGAUGAAGAAGCAUAUUUUGCAUGAUAUUUGUUAUGAAAGACCAGAAUAAUGACAUUAUGAGGGAGUUACGUAGAAAUAUCAACGGUAACAAUGUCAGUUUAAACCUUUGUUGUUACAGGUUCAGGGUUGGAACUUCACACUAGCCUGCUAGCCCGUGGCUAGUACAAAUUCCUGCAGGCUAACACAAAUGUCUCAAUUUCCUCAUUGUUUUAACAUAACAAGGGGAUUUUAUUUAGUGAAGCUUUUUGGUUUAGGUUAUCAAGGACUUCACACCAUGAUAAACAUGUAAUCCACCCAAAACUAAAUAUAGCACAUUCAGUACUCUUCUUAACUGCUAAGGGGGGCACAGGUGGCCCAGUCGUCUAAGGCGCCGCAAUUCGUCGUGCGUCCCUUGGGCACGCCAGAAACCUAUGAUUAUGGGUUCGAAUCCCGGUUUGCCGCAAUUAUGUUUCUAGAUUUG